CAACUGGUCUGGCCUUCUCGUAUCCAUGCGUUACAGGAUGUGGUGGCGCCGUGACUACGGGAUGCAGACUCUCCUCUGUUCUUUAGCCUGUAUGAAAUAAAACCUGCAGUUAUAGAAGCGAUAGCGAAAGGCCGCAUAUAAGAAGCGGCUGCUCUUAACAGGAUUGUUUCGCCCUGCUUGGAGCGCCACACUCAUGGGUGGGGAUUGGGAAUUAUGUGGUUGGAAUAAUUGGUGGGUCGGGUCUCGAUGACCCUGAUAUAUUGGAAGGAAGAACAGAAAAAUAUGUUGACACACCCUUUGGCAAGGCAUGGCAAGCAGCAUACAAUAGCUCCAACAAAUGUUAACUUCCGUGCCAAUAUCUGGGCUCUAAAGAUGGAAGGGUGUACACAUAUUCUGGUGACUACAGCUUGUGGCUCCCUGAAAGAAGAGAUUCAGCCUGGAGAUAUUGUUGUCAUUGAUCAAUUUAUUGACCGGACCACAAAAAGGCACCAGACGUUCUAUGAUGGUGGGGCAUGUCUACCUGGUGUGUGUCAUAUACCAAUGGCUGAUCCUUUCUGUGGCAAAACAAGAGCGGUUUUGAUUGAUGUUGCCAAGAAACUUGGAAUUAAAUGCCACUCUAAAGGUACCAUGAUCACCAUAGAGGGACCACGCUUUAGUUCCAAAGCAGAAAGCCAUAUGUUUCGCCUUUGGGGUGCUGAUGUCAUUAACAUGACUACCGUCCCUGAGGUGGUUCUUGCAAAGGAAGCUGAAAUUUGUUAUGCAAGUAUUGCAAUGGCAACUGACUACGACUGCUGGAAGGAACACGAGGAAGCAGUCUCGGUUGACAGAGUGUUAAAAACACUCAAGGAAAAUGCUAACAAAGCAACGAGCAUUCUUCUGACUGCUAUACCUCAAAUAGCCUCAAUGGAUUGGGCAGAUACUCUCAACAACAUGAAGAGUACAGUACAACUGUCUGUCAUGCUACCAAAACAUUAACCUCAAUACGUUUCAGAAGGAAAACAUUUUAGUCCAGAAGAAACCAGCAUAAGAACAGUACUGACAUGUCCAAGUUUAGCAAAGCUAUAUAAAUUUACCUGUCCUGUAAAGCAUGACCAAAUAUUUUUUGUUCUUCUAUAUAACAUACAAUUAAUGUAACAGUUACUUGGUUUUUAGGAUACCUCUAGUCUUUAAUUUCUAUAUUGCAGUCAACUUAGCUGUUUAUUCUUAAAACACAUUGUUACUAUAUAAUAAUUUCAAACCUGAAAGAAGUAUGCUUGUGCAUAUGAUGGCCUGACCAGCCUUAGAUCUUAAUAGCAUGUUUGUAUAAUUAUGGAAUAAUGUCACUGUUAAUUAAAUGUUUUCUAAGAA